CGUCAUGGCGAAGUCCAGCCCCGUUAUCGGUGCCUCUCUGCACUAGGCCUGCGCUUCUUCGCCUCCUACCUGUAUGGUCGGAUCGGAAGUUGGCCAGCGCCUCAGCGGCCACAGUAGCAGCAACAGAGCCCUCCCCUCUUCUACCACAGGCCCUGGCUCUAAGCAGGCUAGGCCCAGCAGCGGGUUACCUGGUCCUUGCUGGGCCGGGGCCGCCCGUCACUUCUGAGUAUUACGGUGGCUCCUGCUAAGCCCGUUCUGUGCAGCGCUCGGUGUUUUUCAGCCGUGUGCCCCGGCUUCCGCCGGUGGGGUCCCCCAUUUCUUUGCUAAGGACACGGCAUGUCUGCCACUUCUGCUGACAUGAUUGAGACUCCACCGGUGCUGAACUUUGAGGAGAUCGACUACAAGGAGAUUGAGGUGGAAGAGGUAGUAGGAAGAGGAACCUUUGGUGUUGUCUGCAAAGCCAAAUGGCGAGGAAAAGAUGUCGCAAUCAAACAAAUUGAAAGUGAAUCUGAGAGGAAAGCCUUUAUUGUUGAGCUGCGACAGUUGUCUCGUGUCAACCAUCCAAAUAUUGUCAAGUUGUAUGGAGCCUGUUUAAAUCCAGUAUGUUUAGUAAUGGAAUAUGCAGAAGGAGGUUCAUUGUACAAUGUUUUGCAUGGAGCUGAACCUUUGCCUUACUAUACUGCUGCCCAUGCAAUGAGUUGGUGUUUACAAUGUGCCCAAGGAGUUGCAUAUUUACAUAGCAUGAAGCCAAAGGCUCUGAUUCACAGGGACCUCAAACCACCAAACUUGUUGCUGGUAGCUGGAGGCACUGUUCUUAAGAUUUGUGACUUUGGUACAGCCUGUGAUAUUCAGACUCACAUGACUAAUAACAAAGGAAGUGCAGCAUGGAUGGCUCCAGAAGUUUUUGAAGGUAGCAACUACAGCGAAAAAUGUGACGUGUUUAGUUGGGGCAUUAUUCUUUGGGAAGUAAUAACCCGAAGAAAACCUUUCGAUGAAAUUGGUGGUCCAGCGUUCCGUAUAAUGUGGGCUGUUCACAAUGGUACUCGGCCACCAUUAAUUAAAAAUUUGCCUAAGCCUAUUGAAAGCUUAAUGACUCGCUGCUGGUCCAAAGAUCCCCCACAAAGACCUUCAAUGGAGGAGAUUGUCAAGAUAAUGACACAUCUAAAGCAGUAUUUUCCUGGAGCAGACGUUUCCUUACAGUAUCCUUGUCAGUACUCUGAUGAAGGGCAAAGCAAUUCUGCAACAAGUACAGGUUCCUGUACUGAUAUUACAUCUACUAAUACUAGUAACAAGAGUGAGAUCAAUAUAGAACCUGGUGAUUUCCAAGCAAGCACAAGUAAUGACACAAUCAAACGAAUUGAGUCGAAGCUGGCACAGACCUUGAAAAAUCAAUCCAAGCAAGGUGGUGAAACAGGUCGCUUGAGUUUGCCUCCCUCUCGGGGGAGCAGUGUAGAGAGCCUGUCUGAAAUACGAGGUAGACCACCAUCUACUCUGGGCACAUCUGAGGGGAAACGAAUGAGCGCGGACAUGUCUGAAUUAGAAGCAAGAAUUUCUGCAAGUACAGCAUUUGCCAAGCCUAAACGAGGCCACCGUAAAACUGCUUCAUUUGGCAACAUUCUGGAUGUCCCCGAGAUCAUCAUUACAGCAGGAAACGGGCAGCAGAGGCGCAGAUCUGUACAAGACCUCACUAUUCUUGGAACAGAGUCCAGUCAGGAGAGCAGAAACAGCAGCAGAUCGUCUAGUCCAAGUGUGAGGAUGAUUACUACCUCAGGACCAACCCCAGACAAGCCCCCACGUGGCCUUCCAUGGGCCCCCGAUGAAUCUUCAGAUACAAAUGGAUCUGAUAACUCCAUACCUAUGGCAUACCUUACACUGGAUCAUCAGUUACAGCCUUUAGCACCAUGUCCAAACUCUAAAGAAUCUAUGGCUGUGUUUGAACAACACUGCAAAAUGGCACAGGAGUACAUGAAAGUACAGACCGAAAUCGCUUUAUUGCUGCAAAGAAAGCAAGAGCUCAUAGCAGAACUUGAUCAGGAUGAAAAAGACCAGCAGAACACAUCUCGUCUGGUGCAAGAACACAAAAAGCUUUUAGAUGAAAAUAAAAGCCUUUCAACGUAUUAUCAGCAGUGUAAAAAACAGUUGGAAGUCAUCCGAAGUCAGCAGCAGAAACGUCAAGGAACCUCCUGAUCAUCUUGGACUUCUUCUCAGUUACUAUUUUGCUAUGGUGCAGUCUGGCUGCAAACUUGACUCCCUUGCUUGCUGGAGCCUGAGGAUGGACGAGUCUGGUCAGACCGUGAAACUGCUGUUUGGAGUACUGUGAACUCUAUACGCUUCAUGACUCUGGACUCUCCAGUGGUGUUAUCUAUAUGAAGAGCUGUGAUAUUUUUGCCUAUACCCUUGGCAGUGCUCCCCUUAUCAUAAGCCUGGUGACUUUCUUCUAAAGUAAAAGGACACUAUGAUGUUUGCACAAAAAGCAUCGGUUGUUGAAACAAGCUGAAAUGAUGUUCCAGGCGGCUGUCAUUAGUUAACAGUAUGUACCGUAUACUCUCUGUAUGUCUGGAAUUUUCUGUGUAUGACCUGGUACUAUUACAAUUGCAUUAACCCCUUUAGUGCCACACCAUGCUGUGGCAAGAUCUGUUGGAAAAUGGUGGCGCCAAAAGGAUUUUUUUUUUUUUCUGUGUGCAGAAAUAAUACCGUGGGUGAAAAGACUUGUAUAAAUGUAAUGAAAUUAAGGCAUUGAAUAAAAUUGGAUUUAUUUAAA